AGAAGAGGUCAGGUCUGUUUAUGCAGCAUAGUAGUGAUUAGAGGAAUUUAGAAGCUGUGCCCCUCUCCUAGCCAUCCAUGUGGUCAGCAGGCAUCUGGGAACAUGACCUCCCUAGGGACACAAGGUAUGGUGUGUCCUCUGGAGGUGUCAGUCAGUUCAGGGAGUAUCCAGGUUGCCCGAGGCCAGACAGCAGUAUUGCCCUGCACCUUCACCACUAAUGCUGCUCUCACUAACCUUAAUGUCAUCUGGAUGGUUACUCCUCUUUCUAAUGCCAACCAGCCUGAACAGGUUAUUCUUUACCAAGGGGGUCAGAUCUUUGGUGGUGCACCCCAGUUCUAUGGGCGAGUGGGGUUUGCUGUGACAAUGCCAACCACCAGUGCCUCCAUCUUCAUCAACAACACCCAGCUUUCAGACACUGGCACAUACCAGUGUUUGGUCAACAAUCUUCCUGACCGAGGCAGCAGGAAUAUUGGAGUCAUUGGACUGACCGUCUUGGUUCCUCCUUCUGCCCCGCUUUGCAGAAUCCAGGGGUCCCUGGACGUGGGCAGCGAUAUCACACUGACCUGCAGCUCGGAAGAAGGCAUCCCCCGGCCAACAUACCUCUGGGAGAAACUGGACAAUGUUCCCAAGUUGCCCCCAACUGCCACACAAGACCAAGUCCAGGGCACUGUCACUCUCCGAAAUAUCAGCACUGUGUCCUCAGGUCUUUACCAAUGUGUGGCUUCAAAUGCCAUUGGAACCAGCACUUGCCUUCUGGACCUACAAGUCAUUGCACCCCACCCCUGGAGCAUCGGCCUGAUUGCUGGAGCAGUGGCCACAGGUGCUGUCGUGCUUGUUGUCUGCAUUGUGUUGGUGGCCAUAGCACUGUUUUACUGGAAAAAUAAACACAAAGAAGAAGAAGAAGAAGAAAUUCCCAAUGAGAUAAGGGAGGACGACCUGCCACCCAAAUGCUCCUCCGCUGCCAAGACAUUCCACGCUGACGCAUCCUCAUCAGAGAACGACACCCUCACCUCCUCCAACACCUACAACAGCCGCUACUGGAAUGACCCCAAGGCCAACCAUGCCACAGACUCCUUCACCCGCUUCAGCAACAGCAACGACACCCGCCAGCCCCCCUUCUCCCGCUCAGGGAGCACGAGUGCUCGCCCUGUCUACGCCAACGGCGGCCACCCCUCCCCGGCUGCCCCUAAGACGCUGGUGGUGACGGCCAGCACAGCGCCGUCCCCACAGGAGGUGGCCCGGAGCAAUGGCUCCGUCAGCAGGAAGCCUCGGCUUCCGCAGACCCGCUCCUACGCCGUCAGCCAGGCCACGCUGGAGCGGAUCGGGGCCGUUCCUGUCAUGGUGCCUGCCCAGAGCCGGGCUGGCUCCCUUGUGUAGGGGCACGCCGGCAGCCAUGAGCUGAGCAAGGGCCUUGUGUACCAGAGAGGCAGAGACUUGGCCGAGAGACCCUACUCCUUCCUGAAAGGCAGCGAGGCAGCCGGGGUGGGCCUACCAAAGCCACUGCCAGCCGGUGGGACAGCCCCGGCCAUGCUGUGAUGCCCCCCAGCUCUCGGGGCUCCACCAUGGACGCCACAGAUGUGCCAAGGCUGCAGGGGCACGAGGGGACCCUUCCUGGCUGCUGGGCCCCAGCCAGGACCCCCUCCCAGCCCAGCCUUGGGAGGGGGGCUUUUGCUUUUGUUUCCACUUUGUUUCGUUGGGGGGCAUUUCCGUUCAUUUGGGUCUUUCAGGGAGGUUUGGGGAGAUUAUAUAUAUAUUUUUUUUCUGUUGUUGUUACUGUUUUAUUUCCAAGAGGACAACAGCCUGUGUGGGGCAGGGAGGGGUGCCCAGUCAGGAUAUGCCUUGUCGUGGAAGCUAUGACUCCCUCCCUGCUUUGCCAGCCCUGCUGCUGGACGAGGAAGGUUGUGGGAUGGGGAUGGACAUGAGGAUGCACUGGCUGAGGUGGAGGCACAGCUGCCAGCCAGGCCAAGGGGAAGGCUGGACAAGGGUGCAGGUCAGAGAGCAUUUCUCUUUAUUUAUUUAUUUUUGCCAUUUUUCCCCUCAACUCUGACACACACACAAACACAUGCGCGCACGUGUCGUCCUUAGGCUCAGUGUUUCUCAGUCACCACCAGAGCCCUCUUCAUGGAUGUGGAGAGUGUUGCCAUCUGGGUGUCUGCUCCUGAGAAGCUCUGUGAAGAGAGAGGGUGCAUUGCUGCUGCUGCUGCAAAUCUAGUGGCUUUUUAUAUUUUUAUUGUUAUUUUUUGGGGUAUGGCAGAGCAGCAGACAGGCCCUGAGAGGAGUCUGCUGAACCUGGGCUGCUCAGACAGAGGGCAAGGAGCUUCAGACCCCACAGCUGUGGUGUUUGCAUGGGGGGUUUUCUUUAUCAGACUGCGCACGGCUGUCCCGCAUGUCAGGGCACGUGUUGUGUUUGGGGCCCUCACACAGAAGCACUACGGUUUUCAUUCCCUCUCAUGCACACACACACAAACUUCCCAGAUGCUGAGGAUGGCAGGAUUUGUUUCUAAAUCCCUUUCCUUAGAUAGAGUGAAAGCAGGGGCUCAAUGGAUGGAGUAACCCUGUGGAAGCCCACAUGCUGUCUCUCUGCCUCACUUACUUCCCGCACUGGUACUUGUGGCACCUGCUGGUGGCUCUCCCAUCUCCUUGCAGUCAAGGAGGUGGCUGGGGCUGGCACCUGUCCUUUUACUUUUUCUAUUGCAACUAAAUAGCCUUAAUCAAAGCCAAGGGUUGAAACCGCUCAAGGGACCUAGUGCUAUUGGAGGACUGGACCAAGGGCUUGGACUCCUCCUGUGAGAGAGCCCCGGCUCAGAGGACCAUGCCUGGAUGGGUGUACUUGCCCUCCUACAUAACACCAAGCCUUGCACAUGUAAAGGCAGUGGUCACCUCCAAAAGUACCAGAGACCUCCCAGAUCUGCUCUUGGAAAAGCAAUGUGGGCGAUCACAGGCGACUUUCUGUAGCUCACACUGGGAAAGGGUCUGUUUAAGCCAAGAGACUUCCUUGUCCCCCUUUCCCUGUCCUGGCACAGCUUCACUUUCCCUAGCAGUGCAUACACCUUGGGCAGGGCCUUCUGCCUGUACUGUUCAAAUGCAAGCACAGCUUCUGUGGAAGGAAGGGAAGAGGUGAGGUCUGGGUUCCCACAUAGACGCAGUUCCUUUGGGGAGGUUGGGGGUUCUUGGGCAGCACUUGGUUUAAAGCUUGGCUGAGAUUUUGUGCCUUCUUUGCUUAAAAUAAAAAUAAAAAAGGAAAAAAAAAAAAGAAAAUAUACAGCCUCCCUUCCUUCCCCCCUCCUGCACAACUCUGUCCAGAAUGGGUGCAGUGGUGCAGACAGGUGGUUGUUGUGUGCGUGUACACAGAGUUCACCAGAGCAGCCCUCUUUCCUGUCUGUCUGCUCUCUUUGCUGCUGGGUGGUAGGAUUGACAUGGGGAAGAAGAGUGGCUUUUGAAACCCCAGUGUGGGAGGAAAAAAAAAAAAAAACAAAACACAACGCAAUCAAAGAAAAACCCAGACACACUCUUUCCGCUUUUGAAACAACCCGUGUGGCAUUUACAGGAACACUGCCCUCAGCAGGCCCCCUCCUCUAGUGGGAAAGUUCUUCUGGUUCCUACUCUCCAUAAGACUGUUUGCUCCUCUUUCUUUGUUCUUUCUAAUUGUCUAAAAUUCAAUAAAACUUUAUUCAUAUAAAAAAGGA